AUGGAUCCGACCCUCCAAGCCGUGCUCGCCGCCAUGGCCAGCUUCACUUUCAUCUCCCUCCUCAUCUGCUUCUUCUACUUCAUCUGCCGGACAACCAGAAAUCGCCGCCGUGACCCGGAAUCUCGACCCCGAACCAGAGCGACCCGAACUGUACCCAAUCUCGGUACAUCAACCUCCUUCAUUAGCGUCGCCGAGAGCCAGCUGUUUGACCAGUCGUUAAAUCAGAUCGAGAUGUCCGACCUAGUCAAGGCGACUCGAAAUUUCUCUCCGGAUCUCAUCGUCGGCGACGGAAGCUUUGGGUUAGUUUACAAAGCCAACCUCCCUUGCGGUGUCACCGUCGCCGUGAAGAAGCUCGGCGCCGACGCCUUCCAAGGGUACCGAGAGUUUCGGGCUGAGAUGGAGACACUCGGAAAAAUCCGACACGAAAACAUCGUUAAGUUUUUCGGGUACUGCGCAACGGGAACGGAUCGGAUCCUGAUUUAUGAGUUUAUCGAAAAGGGUAGCCUCGACCAAUGGCUCUACGACACGUCAUCAGCCCAGAAUGACACGUCAACAGUAAGGUUACCGUUAUCUUGGAGUACAAGAAUCAAUAUCAUCAAAGGAGUAGCAAAAGGACUAGCAUUUAUGCAUAAUUUGGAUACACCCAUAAUUCAUAGAGACAUUAAAGCUAGUAAUGUUUUGUUAGAUGCGAAAUUCGAAGCUCAUAUUGCGGAUUUUGGGCUAGCUCGAAGAAUUGAGGGCUCGCAUUCCCAUGUCUCGACUCAGGUAGCCGGGACAAUGGGAUACAUGCCGCCAGAGUAUUUUUAUGGGGCUGCUUUGGCAACUGUUACCGGAGAUGUAUAUAGUUUUGGGAUACUCAUGUUCGAGGUUGCCACUUCUAGGCGACCGAAUUGGCCAAUGAAAGGCGAAAAUGGAAAAGAGAUUCGAUUGGUUGAAUGGGCUACAAAAAUGGUGUCACAAAAUCGGGAAAUGGAAAUGGUGGAUGUUAGUAUAUCGAAACAAGACUUAAAAGAGAGUGAAGUUUUGGAGUUCUUCAAGAUUGCUACAUUUUGUACUACCGAAGCACCCAAAUUACGACCUACUAUGAAUGAAGUUGUUGAGUUGUUGAACCGAGUUCAAGAUGAAGCUACAAGUUAA